ACUGGCACAGAGCUUGAAUUAAACCUCAGCCAUUCGUUGAGUGAUAGGCUAUCAUCCAUAACCUCAUCGUGUAGCAAAGACAAAAAAGAGUAAUAGUCCCCACUCCACAUCUCUUGCAGAUCUCUUAGAUCGAUCGUUUAAUUUGAGUCACUCCCACCCAAGAGUUGCUUGCCAAUUAAUUCUGUGAAACGAAGCUUCGACUGGUUUGCCUCCAACUCCGAGCAAGCAUGGCUUCGGCUAAUAUUCUUUCUAUGGCCAAACCGUCUCCUCAGGAAAAUGGGAAGGGGUUUGCAGAAUUCUCAGGUACCCUGCGGAACUCAUCAGCUAAUUGCCUUCAGUUUGGAAGGAAGAACUCGGACGAUUUUGCCUUCCAUAGUUCCUCUGCUCAGCAUAUGGUAAGUAAACCAGUAGCACCUAAAAGAAUUAUUGCCUGCUCUGCUCUGCAAGAAUCUUCUACUUCAUCUACUUCCACUGUUGCCGCUGAAACAAAAGAGGUGAAAGCAGCUCCAGCAAAGCCUAAAGCUCCGGCAAAAGCUCCAGUCAAGCCGCUACCUCAAAUGAUGGAAGAGGAUAUUAUCCCAUCGCUGAAAGCAAUACUCGAAACUCCUCAAAAUGAGCUCUCUGAUCUUGAACUAUUCUUUGAAGACAACAAGCUUGAAGGUUCGUUUCUGAAGAAGGGCAAUUCGUACUCAUUUUGGGCGUUCUUUCCCAAUGGAGUCCUCACAGGUCCAAAAGGGUUUUCUUUAUCUUCCUGCGGCUUGGGAGCAAGCACCGUUGAACCUUUUCUUGUUGACGAGAAGAAGAUCACGGCAAGACACAUUAUCUUUUGGGUUGAAAAGCGUUUGGCAGCUCAAGGAAUCAUUCCUGUGUGGAAAGACUAAAGUGAACUUAUACCAGUUUUCCAAACUCAGUCCCAAUGUUGUAAAUUUACCGACGCAUAUUUUUUGUCUAUUGAUAGUAUCAAAAAUUGUUAAUUUGGGAACACUUUUCCCAAUUCUGCUGCAGAAGCAAUGACACCUAUUCUAACACAA